AUGAUGGCAUCAGGCGGCGCCGACGCGUCAAACGGUAGUCCUGUGCGCCGGCAACGACCUGGGUUCUUGCCUCCUCUGUUUGUCGAGCUGGUCGCACCACCGCUCAAAGUCGGAGCCUAUGCCGGCACAUUUGGAGUCUUGGCUGGAGUAGGAGGAGCCAUUGCUCGGGACGCUAGUCCCGUCGCCAGCGGCUUUUCCUCCGGUGUGCAAUGGUUUAUGCUCGGCAGCAGUUACUGGUUCUCUAGGUCUGUUGGCAUCGCAGCGUAUGGCGGAGAGAACAAUAUGCGGCCAGUAGACAAAGUCGUGGUAAGCGGCGUCGCUGGCUCAGCAGCCGGUGCGAUAGCCGGCCUUGUCCGUGGUCCUACAAAACUCUUGCCAGCAAUUGUUCUAUGCGGCCUGUUAGGCGCCGGCGGACAAGCCGUCGCUGACAGGUCGUCCUCAGCUCAGGCGGGUAACAGCAAGGACAAUGCCAGUGGCUGGCUUUCAAGAUUGAGCCCUUUGAAGAAGCUGACGGAUGAUGAGUAUAUUGACAUGAUGAAUGACAAGAUUUUGAGGGUGGAAGUAGACAUUGCCCUGAUAGAUGAUCGCAUUGCCGAGUUGAGAGCUGCUGAGGAGGGCAAGGAGCAGGGCAGCAGGGUCAACGCAUCGAGGUGA